AAUUAAUUUGAAAGUAAUUUGAAAAGGAAAAAGAAGCUGAUUUUAUUGGGAAAUUAGUACAACCCAACAAUUUAUCGCUCACAUGCAAACCAUUUUACAUUGUUCCCAAACAGUGUUCACCCUUCUCUCUGCAUAUUUUGCUCUUCUGGGUUGCUGGGUUUCUGGCUGGGACCGUUUCUUUUUCUUCAUAAUUGAAAGUUUUGUGUUUUUGGGGCUUCAGUAGCUAAUAAAUGCACUUGGAUCUUCUGGGAUUUCAUGGAUUUUUGGGUGAUUUAGCUUUUGGGUCUUAAAGGGUUCACAUUUUUCAGUGUUGGGCUUUCUAGGAGUUGGAAGAUUGACUUUACUUUGUGGUACUUUUCAUGACGGUGUUUUAGCUGUUCAUGCACUUUUUGAUCUUUUGGGACUUACUUUUCAGUGUAGGGUAGCUUAAAGGCGUGGUUUUGAGCAGUGGAAUGGUGAAGAAAUGAGCAAUUUUUUAUUAAGGUUUUUUGGGUUUUGAUCACUGUUUAUGCUGCCACCGACCGAGCUCCUAGGAGGUAGUUGUUUUUGUAUUUAUUUGGGGGUUUUUAGGUGGCUGCUAGUGUAAUGUACUUCCAGGCAAUGUAAAUGUUGGAGAAAUCUGCUGCUGAUCUUUGAGCAAUUUUGUGGGUUCUGAUCUCUCUAGCGUUUUGGUGAGUCUACCAAAGGUGAUUUCUUGAUCUGUACUUUGAGUUCUCUGAAGCCUUGUAGCUUGUGUACCUUGACGGAAAUGUACUUUGAUUAGCUCUAUGAUGUUUUUAUUUAAGGUUGUUGACUAAAAGUUUGUACUUUUAUUGUUCUGAACUCACUAAAGUUUCUGGGUUGUCACCAGUUCAGUGUUUAGAUCACUCAUUUUCUUAUUAGGAGGCUUGGAUUGUUAGGUCUUCUUAGAUCUAGGGUUUCUUACUUAUCAGAUUCGGGCUCAGAAUGGAUAUGAGAAAUGCAAGUUUACCAAUUUUUCUGUUAUAACUUCAUGGUUUUAUUGUUCAAAAGUCACAACAUAUCUACUGGUAGAUCUCAUUGCCUUUAGUCUUUAGAAACCUUGGAACAAAGUGGAGUUAUUAUUGCUGGAGUAAGUAUUGAGAAAAGCCUAUCUGUUGUUGAUUGGAUUAUGGAUUUCUUCAAAGUUAAAAAGUUUCGAAAAGCCCACAAACCAGAACCAGAAAAUGUUUCAGAGGACAAUCCUGUGCCACAGCCGGAGGAACCUAGGAAGGAGAGUGGUGAUGAUUUUGGUAAGUCAGCUAAUGCUGAUUCUAUAGCUGAGGCCGAGGAUGAUGAUGAUGAUUUCAUAACAGAGGAGGUCAAGCGGAGGUUAAAAGAAUUGAGAAGGAAUAGUUUUAUGGUGUUGAUUCCGGAAGAAGAGUCAUUCCCGGAAGAGGAUGAAGAAGAAGAGCAUGGUGAGACAAGCUCUAACGAGUGGAGGGAUGUAGAAGCAGAAGGCCGGCAAUGGUGGUGUGGCUUUGGUGCUGUAUAUGACAAGUACUGCGAGAGAAUGUUGUUCUUUGAACGGAUGAGUGCGCAGCAUCUUAAUGAAACUGGUUCUGCAGGUAUCCAAACCUCUACAACUCCAUCACCAAGAUCUGCAUCUAAGAAGCUUACCUCCCCUUUUCGCUGCCUUUCUUUGAAGAAGAUUGAAGAACCUGAUGAUGAGACUGAGCAUCUUCAGCAGCCAGAGAAUGAUCCUUAUCAGGAUAUUGAGACAUCAUAUGUAGCUCAAAUUUGCUUGUCUUGGGAGGCACUGCACUGUCAGUACACUCAACUGAACCAGCUAAUCACAUGCCAACCUGACAAUCCUAACUGUUAUAACCACAGUGCUCAACAGUUUCAACAAUUCCAGGUUUUAUUACAAAGGUUUAUUGAAAAUGAACCUUUUGAGGAGGGCCACAGGGCUGAAAUUUAUGCUCGCACGCAGAGACAUCUGCCUAAAUUACUCCGGGUCCCCGAUAUACAAAGUCCAGUUAAAAAAGGGACAGAGGAAGAAGAAUCAGAUUAUAUGGUUCAUGCCCCUGAUCUCAUCAAGAUUAUUGAAACCUCAAUCCUCACUUUUCAGCUUUUCGUGAAGAUGGAUAAGAAAAAAACAAGCUCCGUUCUUAACUUGUUUGGGAAUCAAAACCAGGCUGCCACCCCACUUCAGCAGAUUCAGUCUUCUCUUGAGAAGAAAUGGAUGAAACUAAAGGAACUGCGGAACAAGAGGAAAGGCUGGAAGAAGAAAUCCUGGCCACAAUCACAAGAAGAUGUUCAGCUUUUGUUUGGCCUCAUUGAUGCCAAAGUUUUGUCGAGGGUUCUUCGGAUGGUGAGAAUAAGCAAAGAGCAGCUGUUUUGGUGUGAGGAAAAGAUGAAAAAACUAGAUUUAGUAGACGGCAAGUUGUGGAGAGACCCCUCUCCCACCCUUUUCCCUUGUUAAUAGCUCUAGGAAUGAACUACGAAGCUAAGCGUAUGUUCCUCUGCUGUUUAGCAGCAGCAGACUGAUCCCUUUCUCUAGUCUCUCAUUUUCUCUAGGAAUGAGGAACUUCCCUUUUGCCAUUAAGACUAGGAGAGCCAUUGAUCAGUUUCCUAUAUGAAUAUAAAACAAAAAGUUGCUCAGACUAAAUUUUCUGCAAUUUUAGUAUGCUAUUAUUUUGUCAUUAAACCAGA